GAUUGGGGGACCGAUCGUUCACUUCAAUUGGGAUUUGCGACUGCUAGUAUUUGAACGAGAGGCCCAAAACCCUGCCGCAAGCAACUGCGCCGGUCUUCAAUGGACAUGGAAAUCGACGGCCAGCCGAAGCCUGGAGCCGAAGAACGGCAAAUCAAGGACGAAGUUCUGUUCGAGGCCGCUCAGAAUGGCGACGCUUCCAUCUUUGAAUCCCUCUCGCAGCCUCAACUUCUCAGAGCCCUUUCUCUCCGCAACGAAGACGCUCGCUCCCUGCUCCAUGUCGCCGCCUCCUCUGCCCACCCCGAGGUGGUGAAGAUACUUUCAGCUGCAGAUCCAGUGGUAAGUGGAAUAAACAGUGCUGAUGAGGAGGGCUGGGUACCGCUACAUUCUGCAUCCAGCAGUGGGAAUGUAGACAUUGUGGGGAUUCUGCUCAGCAGAGGGGCUGAUGUAAAUUUGAAAAAUCAUGGUGGUCGUACUGCUCUUCACUAUGCUGCUAGCAAGGGUUGGUUCAAAAUAGCUGAACUUCUUCUUUCACAUGGUGCAAAGAUCAACAUGAAGGACAAGGUUGGAUGCACCCCUUUGCAUCGUGCAGCAAGCACUGGGAACUCUGAGUUGUGUGAAUUUUUAAUAGAAGAAGGAGCAGAGGUUGAUGCUCUUGAUAAAGCUGGUCAAACUCCUCUUAUGAAUGCAGUGAUAUGUGAAAACAAAGAGGUAGCUCUCCUCCUGAUAAGGCAUGGAGCCAAUGUGGAUAUACAGGACAAAGAAGGUUAUACGGUGCUUGGUCGAGCUUCAGAUCAUCUUAGACCCUUAUUGAUUGAUGUUGCCAAGGCCAUGCUUGAAGACUAAAUUAAAGCUUGCAUUGUUGCUGGUGUAAUUUAGAUGGAAGCUUUAUUUAGUUGUCCAAAAUUUGCAACUUUACUUGUGUUUAUUAUUUCUGUGAAGCCUUGGACAUAUGACAACAGGGAAAACAAAAAGGAAGUCACCAACUUUGCAGUUUUAUAGGCAACCUUCAGUUCUCAAUUGUUCAAGUGGAGUUUUAUAGUUGAACGAGAAGACAACAGUUUCUUUA